AUGGCGACAGGAGGAGCCGCUGCAGCCAGCGGCGAGGACAAGUGCAACGGCGGCAAGAUCCCCGCACCCGUCUUCGAUGGCACGAGCAAGACCAUGAAGAAGUACCGCCGAGAGGUCGCCACCUGGCAGAUCGGCACCGAGGUCAAGCCGCCCAAGCAGGGAGCGACCUUGCUGGCCAGCCUCAAGGGCAAGGCCGAGGAGGCGUGCGAGGAGCUCGACCUGGACGCCAUCAAGGGUGACAACUCGGUGGAGGUGUUCCUGGAGUACCUCGGGAAGCGCUUUCCCGAGAUCGAAGUGCUGGAGACCCCAGCGCUGCUGGAGACCUUCGUGCGCCCGGCCUGCGUCCGGCACAAGUACGAGGAGAUCCGCGACUACAACAACCGCUUCAAUGGGAUCGCCACCAAGCUGAAGGCCAAGGGCAUCCAAGUGCCCGACGAGGUCUUGGCGGACCUGUGCAUCAAGGGGGCCCGCCUGCCCCCGGAGCGCGCGGCGAGCGUGCUCAACGGCGUGGGCAACCAGUUCAACCCCACCAAGAUCCAGGAGCAGUUGAUGAUCAACUUGCCCAAGGUAUCGGUCGUGGACGGCAACAAGGACAGCCGCGACAAAGGAGGCUACGGAGGUCACAAGAACAAGGACCACAAGCGGGCGUACGCCACGGAGACCUACGAGGAGGAUCGUAGGGCCGAGCUCGACGGCGCGUCCUCAGACAGCUCCGACGACUACGAGGACGAGCUGCCCGACGAGCUGCAGGACGUGAUCGACGAGGACAAGCUGGAGGAGACGAAGCAGGCGCGUGGCUACUUCGCCAAGCGCGACGGCGGCAACCCGCCGAAGAGAGACGAUCCCAAGAUCGCCAAGAUGAAGGCCAGGACACACUGCGGCGCAUGCGGCCAGAAGGGCCAUUGGCGCGGUGACCCGCAGUGCUCGAAGAAGAACGACCCUAACGCCAAGGCCGACAUCCCGAAUAAGGGAAGCAACAGGACGAACAUCGCCACGCACGAGACCAGCGACGCGCAGGAGCCUCACGAGGCGGAGAUGACGGUCGCGGCGGUCUACCAGCAGGACCAGCGGGCCGCGGCUCGCGACAGGAAGUACGGCGCGCUGCACAGCAUCGACUGGACGCAGAUCCGCCAGGCCGCCGAGCUACCCGAAGAAGUUACGGCGGCGGCGUUCUUCAUCAAUAAGGACCACCAGUGCCUGAUGGCCGCGACGAGCUCAGCGCUGAUCUACCUCAGCGUCGAGGACCUGCUGAGGGAGUCGGGGGGCAAGCUGACCUUCGACACGGCCGGCACUCGGUGCGUCGGCGGCCUCGACUGGUACAACGACAUCAAGAAGAGGCUGGCCGCCUUCAACAUCCAGCCCAUCGAGUACCCCGAGAAGGAGCCGUUCCGGUUCGGGGCGUCGAAGGUGGUGUUCAGCCUCAAGGCGGCGCUGAUCCCCUGUUCGGUGAACGGCAAGGCCUUCACCGUCCGCAUGAGCAUCGCGCGCAGCGCCGUGCCAGGACUGUUCAGCCGCAAGGCCCAGAGCGAGCUGGACACAGUCUACCACGCUGGAGACAACAAGCUGGACAUCAAGUCGAUCGACGAGCACAACAUCCAGAUGGGCCUGAGCCGCGCCGGACACCCGACGCUGGACAUCACAGGCUUCACGCCGAACUAUAAGCCCGUCUUGGACGUCUCGGAUACCAAGGCCGAGAUUCGUCUUCAUCCUUGCGCUUCUUACCAUGCUGAGACAGCUGUGGCCAGCGCCGCCAAGCCGGUGGUGCCCGAGGCUCGCCACCCAGGAGUUGCCUCGGAGGCCGACGAGUCUCCGUCGGAUACCGACUGCAAUGCGCUCGAUAGCGCCGAACUGUUCGAGCAGCAGCGGCCGGCGCUUAUGCCCCCGUCGCACCAGCGAUUUACGACAUCUCCCAUGGAGACGAGCCCAGGGGGCAGCGGCCAGAACUUGCCGACGACGAGUACUGCCCGUCUUCCGGCGAUAUCCAGCAUGCGGAUGCGGGAGCUGCAGGCCGAGGUGGCAAGCUACGACUUGGAUGUGCGCGACGCCACGCGCGACCAGCUCCGGGUGAUCUUGCGUGCGCUGAGGGCCGAGGGCCGCGAGAGCGCGCCGCAGGACGACUACAUCCCGGGGCUCGGCAAGAAGAACAAGGAGGAGCUCCAGCAGCUGUGUCGGGACCGCCAGAUCGAGUUCGACCAGCGCGCGCCCGUGCCGGAGCUCAGGCAGCGCCUCAAGGGCUGGAAGGUCGAGGACGCGGUCAGCAGUGCCGCGGCGACGGUGGCUCAUCCGAGCGCACAGAUCACCGGGGCCGACAAGAUGCGCUUUGGCAAGUACCCCACGGCGGACUACCGCUGGGUGCUCCAGAACGACCUGGGCUACGCGCAGUGGGCGGUCCUGGAGCUCAACAACAUUCGGGCAAGCCCACUCCUGGCGCGGUUUGCCAGGUGGGUAAAGGCGCACGGAGUGCAGCCCCUUCCCCCGGAGAAGGCCAAGACCACCUUGGAGGCAGCGAUGGCCGAGGAGGUGGUGCUGGACGACGAAUGGGUGGCGCCAGCGGCGACGACUACGAGGGCCUCAGGAAGCCAGGGGAGCUGGGCCGGGCAUCGGCGCCAGCGACCUCCGGAGCCGCACGAGAUGGACACCAGCGACAUGGGCUUCGAGAAGGCGGGCGAGACCGCCAAGGACGCGUCGCCAGCCCCGAGGCGGCGGUCAGGCAUCAAGAAGGGCAAGCGCGUCGGCCUCCUCUACCAGGUCACGGGCUUGCUGAGCGCCUUCGCCUUUCAGACGGUGCUCACCGCGGACUGGCUGGCUAGACCUCUCAAGCCCGUGGUGCAGCAUGCUACCAGUGCUGCGCGAGACGUGGUCGACGACGUCCAGGACGUCAAGGAGGCCUACAGCGUUCGCAGCCACCGCGUGGACGUGAUGCAGGUGUUCGGAGGCGAAGGCGGCAUCACCGAGGCGGCGUGGAAGCGCCGGAUGACGGCCACAGAGGUGAUCGACCGCAAAUACGGAUGGGACUUACGCAAGCAGAAGGACCUCGACGCGACGUACGACCUGUACUACGCCUCAAGGCCGAAGUUCGUGUCAAUCGAGCUACCCUGCACCCACUACACGAACAUCACGCACCUCAACUUUCGGACGCCGCAGGCCAGGCAGGCGCUCCGACGGAUCUGGAGGACGGAGCGGCCGUUCCUUUUAUUGGCCCGCGACCUCUUCAAGUACCAGCUCGACUCUGGCGACAUGGCCAUGAUCGAGAACCCGGCCACCAGCCGGCUCUGGAAACAGUGCGCGAUUUUGGAGCUACUGGCAGACGAGCGCGCGUGCCAGGUGAGGUGCGACAUGUGCGAGUACGGAGCUCGACACUACAAGACGGGGGGGCUCAUCAAGCACCCCAUGAAGCUGCUCGUUACCCACAAGGAGUUCGAGCAGCUGAAGCGCACCUGCAGCCACAAGCACCACGACCAGACCUUUGGGGACAACGUGGCGGUGCGCAAGUCUGGCGUUUACCCCGCUAAGUUCUGCAGAGCGGCGGUGCGCAUUGUGGAGCAAGUGAUUCGCCAGCAAGGAGGGCAUCGCGCCUACCAGGUGGACUGCCAGUCGCACUCGUCGCCCUUCAUCGUGACAGCGCCCAGGGAGCAGGCCACCGCCUACGUAAACGACACCGCGCCCCUGGGAGAGACGGGCGAGCCUGAUGGGGACCCAGACCCCAUGGGCGGCGGAGACGACUUCGCCGACACUCGCGACGUGCGGGCCGAAGAUACUGUGGACGGCAGGAUCGGGGUCGGCGCGAUUACUUUCACGAAGAAAGCAGCGGCCUGCUGCAAGCCAGCCGAGCUGGCCAUGCUCAAGAGACUCCAUGUCAACUUGGGCCAUCCGCCUGAUGAAGAUUUGGGCCGCAGCUUGCGCCUCAAAGGCGCUAAGUCGGCCACCGCCCAGGCCGUCAAGGGGCUGAUCUGCGGGGUGUGCCGCUCGCAGCAGCGCCCGAGCGCGAGGAGACCAGCGCACCUCCACUUCGUGCAAGAUUUUGGAGACGACGUCGGCUUCGACUGCUUCGAGCUCAAGGACGUCGACGGCAAGAGCUACUUGUACCUCAGCAUCGUCGACCUGGCCACCACCUUCCAUGUCGCGACGCUGAUCGAUCGCCACACCGGCCAGGAGUUCGAUGCCGCGUUCGAGAGAUGCUGGGCCUCCUGGGCGGGCGUACCCGACCGAGUUCACUUCGACAUGGAGAAGGGGUUCGGCGGCGCCCUCAGCGAGCCCUUCCAGUCAUUCAACACGGUGCAGCUGCCCAUCGCUGGUCAGGCACAUUGGCAGCUCGGUCGCGUGGAACGCCAGGGAGCUUGGUGGAAGGAGCUCGCGGCGAGGACGAUCGAGCACUCGUCGAUCAGGGGCGAGGACGAGAUGCGGACGCUGGCCAUCAUGGUAUCGGGCGCGAAGAACUCGCUUAGAAGGCGAGCAGGCUUCAGCCCCGCGCAGUGGGUGCUGGGACGCGACCCCAAGAUGCCUGGAGACCUAGUCGACGACACGGCCAACUACAGCGCCCACAGCCUCGCGGCCAACGACGAGAAGAUUCGAUGCAGAACGACGACCAGCUCCGGCGAGCUAUGCUGGCUCGCGCGCACGGUGGCGACGCCCUUGUCAGUGGGCGAGAUGUGCUACGUCUUUCGCCCGGUCAAGAAGAAGGAGCAGCGGGAGCAGCACAACCGCAAUGCCAAGAAGGGCAUCUGGCGAGGGCCGUGCGUAGUCAUCGGCCACCAAGGCGAGAACACCUGGGUCUCGCUAGGAGGGCACACCAUGCUGGUGGCCCCGGAGCACAUCAAGGCACUCGCUCCGGACGACGUCUGGUUCCCGAACGGCAGGGACGAGAUCGGUCAGGCCGUGGCCGAGCUCAACCGGGCUCGCGACUCGCUCGAACAGGAAGAGGCUCAGGUGGAGGACAUCCGCCCGGCGCCUGGCGAGCCCGAGGUCAAGCCAGACGAGAUGGAGCAGGCGUGGCGGGAAUUCAUCGACAACCCGGACGACAGCGACCUCAGGCUGAACGUCUCCGAGGAUCCGCCCCAGCAGGAGCAGAUCCAGGCGCUGCCCGCCGACGUGCCGCAACAAGCUGAAGAAGAGCGAACCUACGGCCCUGACGAAUUCCGACGACGUCGAGCUACCUUCGACGGAGGGGACAGCGGCGACUUCGGCCCGGCCUUCAAGCGACUCCAGACCGAGAGGGAGCACGCAGGCUCUGGCGCCCUGCCCGCAAGGGCAACUUCGCGGGACCGCGCGGCGGCCCCCGAUCAGGAGGCAGCGGCCGGACCCGAAGCAGGAGGAGCCCGCCAACGUUCGAGGUCGGCCCCAAGACAAGUAUUGCAAACCUCCAUCGUGACCGAGAGGACCAAGCGCAAGCAGGCCGACAAGGAGAUCCACUGGAGGGCCAUCACGGACUCUGAUCGGGAGCUCUUCAGGGAGGCGGCCGCCAAGCCGUGGAGCGAGUGGCAGAAGUAUGGCUCUUGUCAGGUACUCUCCAUCGAGGAGUCCGAGGCGAUCAGGGGCAUGAUCAAGCCCAGCCUCAUCCUGCCCAGCCGGUUCGUGUACCGGGACAAGAACGCCCAGCUGCGGACCGACAACCAUCCGCUGCCGGUCAAGGCAAAGGGCGACCUGCGGACGGACGCGCCCACGGUCACCCGCAACUCGACCAUGCUGUUCUUCACCAUCUGCCAGAGGUUCGACCUGGAGAUCUACGCGGCGGACGUGGAGGCGGCUUUCAUGCAAGGCGACGAGCAGCCCGACCAGCAGCUGCACGUACCCCAGCCUCGCGAAGGUUUGCCUGGGCUGAACCCGAAGCAGCUGAUCAAAAUCCUCAAGGGAGUUUUCGGGCUGGCCACGGCACCGAGACCGUGGUGGGCGAAGCUCAAGAGGACAUUCAUGGCGGUGGAAGAGAAGCUGAGCGACAACUACGUGUUUCGCCUACACCAGCACUCGCUAGACCCAGCGCUGUACUACGGCUACGACCAGCACGGUGAGCUCUGUGCGGUGGUGGUCGCCCACGUGGACGACUUGCUGCUGGGGAUCUCGCACAAGUACCCGGGCCUCUACGACAGGCUUCACAAGCUUUUGCCCUGGGGCGACUGGCGAGGCUUGCCUUUUCCUUUUUGCGGCAAGCAGGCCUGGCGAGAUCAAGAGGAAGUACUACAUCUACGACAGACCGAGUACGCGAACACCAUCGAGGAGAUUCCGCUCAGCAAGGAGCGCAAGACGGACCUGUCGUCAGAUGCUACGCCAGCCGAGUUCUGGACAACCGCUCCGCACUCGGAGCGCUCGGGUGGCUUUCAUCGCAGACUCGUCCCGACCUGGCAGCUGGAGUGGCCAUGGGGCAGCGGCUGUGCUCAGAUUACACGCUGUGUUGUCGCUUCGCUAGAGAUUCCGGAUGCCCAUCCAGAGGACAUCCCGCCGAGUCUGUUGCCGGUCGCUCAGGUCACAGAUUGCGCCAGCUUGUACGAUACGAUGCAUAAAGACGGUUAUUCCAAGCUCCCGUCAGAGCGGCGCCUUUUGCUCGACCUAGUGGGCCUCAAGGAGUCACUAGAAGAGGAAGUUAGCAACGAGUUUGUCGCUGACGAUCAGCGCAGCCAACUACCCCUCUUUUGGGUUCCGACUGACCAGCAGCUCGGUGAUCAGUUCACCAAGCGAUCGGACGGCAGUGCCAUCAGGGCAGUGCUGCGAGACACGCGUCUCGCUUUGCAGCAUCAAGAGCCGACGGACCAGGCCAGAGAGCACGAGGCACACCUGACCAGUGCCGGCUCACUUUUCAAGCGCGCAGUGCGCCUGGUUUCAUUUUAG